AUGGCAGAAGAUCCGGAACAAGGAAUAGAAAUAUCAAUUCUUCCCCACCAAGAUAACAGCCAUGUAAACGGAGAAGCUUCCUGCCUCCUCCCACCACGAAGCAACAAAAUAGACUUUGCUAAUGGAACCUGUCCACUGGACGAGGUAGCUAGUCCACUGGACGAGGUAGCUAGCUCCGAGAACGAACAGCAGGAGUUCGUACCGGAACUUCCCAAGGUAUGGGAACCUUUCCCGCCAUUUAAACGCUCCAAUAAUCAGAGAAACAGGCAAGAUAACCGGUACUGGAGUCCUCUCCAUGAGGCUAUUGAUCAGCCGGAUUUGAGAAGGAUAGAGGAGAUGGGUCCUGAAAGGAAAUUUUUGAAGAGUUGUAUUAUGAUCCAGGAUCCUGAAAAAGGCAUGACCCCGGCACACCUAGCAGUUUCUAAAGGUAAACUUGACCUUGUUAAAAUCUUACUCGAGCAAGACCUUGAUUUUACGGAGGAGCAAAUAAAGAGCCUCAAAAUACAGAAUUUUGACGGUAGGACAGUCCUACAUGAAGCUUGUAUGUUAGGACAUUUAGAUAUAGUAACCUGGUUAUGUGAUGAGAAUGGUUGGGUUGGCUGGGAUCCAGCAGAUAAAAACAGCUUGAACUGCAAUGCAGCUUUCUUCGCAGCAUCUUAUGGUCAUUUGGGUGUCUUGAAGUAUUUGCUAUCACGUUGUAGCGAAGAGAAAAAGAUAAAACUGAUUAGACAGCGACACAAACAGAAAUACACGAUACUGCACGGGGCUGUUUACUACAAGAGGCUGGAUGACUUAGAUCAGGAGACGGAAGAAAAAGAAGCGGAGGAGACAGAAAAGCGGAAGCUUCUUCAAAAAAGAAAUGAGGAUUUGGAAUUGAAGAAGCAAAAGCCUAAGAAAAUGACCAUGUUUAUGUUAACAAAAGCUGUGCAGCAGCAUGCAUCAAUAAAAGCGGAGGAGCGUACAAAUGCCGAAGAAGAGGAAGAAAGAAAACAAGAAAAAGAAAAAAAACGGAUUGAAAAUGUACAAAAACAGGAGGUAAUCGACGAAGAGAGGCUUGAGCUUGUUCAAUACUUGGUUGACGAGAUUGUGAGACUGCAGAUAUUAAAAAUAAUGGAUAAAAAGUCAAACACAGAAGAGAUAACUGCAUUGUAUCUUGCCGCAAAGCUGGGUCACGUGAAGCUGGUCGCGUUUCUGUUAAAGUACGUCACAAACAUUGAAGUAGACUGCCGGAACGUUAACAAUGCAAUAAUGCUGCACGACGCUGCAGAGCACAACCGAGUAGACGUUGUAAAGUAUCUUUGUGAGGAGUCUGUUUUCAAGGACUUUAUAAUGGAUAAAAAGAAUAUUUGGGCCGCUAUCCCUUUCAGCGGGGCAGCUUCGGGCAACAACCCCAAGAUAAUGAGAAUGAUCCUCGACUACGGCAAAGAAGUAGGAAUAGCUGAACAAGAUAUGAUCCUCUACCAGAACAUUUAUAAUUGGUCAUCUCUACACGACACCGCAGUGAGAGGACACAUUGAGGCCACCAAAUUCUUAUGUAAUCACACGGACGGAAUCCACAUUGUUCCUCUGAGGGAUAGUUUCGGCAGUUUAGCUUUGCACCUGGCUGCAAUGGGGGGACAUAACGAUAUCUUAAAGAUCUUGUUUCCACUGACCGAAGCAAUCAACGAGAAGAACAACAAGAGGAAUACAUCGCUGCACGAGGCAGCCUCUAGAGGAAGAUCUGAAACUGUCCAACUCUUUCUUGAAACCCCUCACGUGUUCCUGUUUAGAAGAGGACAAGAUGACUCCUCUGUGCUCCACGAGGCAGUCCGAUCAGGCUCCACGGAUUGUGUGCGGAGGUUUCUGGAUUUCAAAGACAAGAUGCCUCUGCCUUUAACUAUGGUGAUGAAAACAGACGGCAAUACUCCACUUCAUCUUGCUAUAUCCUUGCAGUACACGGAGAUUGCUCUCAUGUGCCUGGAAAUGGAGACAGGUGGGGGGCAAUUCCGUGCUGUCAAUAUAGCAAAUAAGAAGGGACUGACCCCUUUAGCUCAAGCUGCUAUGGCUGGUAACUUCACUAUAGUCGAUGCUAUCAUGGCAAGGAUUGAAAAGAUUGAGUUGACGCCGUACAGAACAGAAAGAUCAGAUUUUAACUACGGAGAUUACAAUCCUUUUGGUACAUUUCCUUGGAUAUGUGAGGAGGGAAGAUCCGAAUUUAUCGAGAAAAAUAAAACACCCAUUAAGUUUCACGGUAAUGGCACUAUCAAUGAGACCUCACCGAUCAAUUGUCUGAUUCGAAAGUACCCAGAGGUAGUUGUGGCAGCUUUGGAUAAAUGCUGGUGUAACCACCUGACUAAUGACGAGGAAAACAAGAAGCCAGGGCAAAUCGGGUCAACAGAAGGAGAAAGAGUGGAUCCGGAAGGCGCUGGAAAAAGUGAAAAUGAAUUAAAGAGUAUUGCUGACUACUUUCGAGUAAUCAUUGACUUCAACAUUAUUGAAAAAUAUGUUAAGAAGACUAAAACAGAUUCGAACGGCAAACUAAUUGCCGAUGAAGGAAACUCUUUCAAAACAGUGGGGCACCCCUACGAACCCGGUGCUUACAUAGAAGAUGAAGCACCACUUCAGGUUAUGUCCCGUGAAAAGAACGUCGCGCUGUUGACCCACCCUGUAGUACAAGCUCUAGUCGACAUCAAAUGGCGGAAUUAUGGGUUCCACUACUAUGCUAGCUCAGCACUGAUCAAACUCAUUUUUGUAGCUCUCCUUCUCAGCUACACUCUCAUAGUUCACAACGACGUGUUCAAAGAUUCAACCUGGAACUGUACAAAGCCUAGUAAUGAAUCCUCGGAAACAGUGAAAUGCACGAUGCUGUUAUCCAAGAAGUCGGAUACCGCUUCAGGUCUGGGUACUGCCCUACUGGUUUUAGUGACGGUGCUACUACUAGCAGAGCUUGUAGACUUUAUAGACGACAUUUUGGAUAAGAAUCGAGGAUUCAAAAGAUACCUCCAAUCCAAUCUGAAUAUCGUAGAAAGCGUUUCCUACAUUGUAGCGCUGGUAUUUGUCUCUAUGACAGUCUUCUCCGACGAAAUUUCGUCUGGAAUGUGGCAAGUGAGCGCCGCAGCGGUCGUGUGCUCCUUCGUAAAUAUUCUCUUUACUCUGCGGGCAAUCAGCUUCCUCAACAUAGGUCUACACAUCAUCAUGUUCUUUAAGAUAGUGAUCACAUUUAUCCGGAGCAUUGGAGCCCUGUUGGUGGUCUUCGUGCUAGGGUUCGUCUGUGUGUUCCAUCUCUUAUCUGCGGGAGGUAUCAACUCUCAGUACUCCUCGUUUACCACCUGGUCAGCGUACUAUAAGACCUUGUCUAUGGGUGUGAGUGGAGUUGCUUAUGAGGACUAUGAUUCCGGUGAGGAGGACAUUACCAUGCAGCUCAUAAACGGACAUGUGGUGGCUUUAAUAUUCUUUGCGAUUGUGAUUCAGAUUCUCUUUAUGAAUCUUGCUACUGGUUUGGCUAUAGAGGAUGUGAAGGAGAUAAGAGACAACUCUAAAGUGGAGGUGAACAUUGUAAAGAUUCGGAAUAUCUACAAAACUGAACAGCUUCUUCUGAAACUUGGAAGGUUCCUGAAUACAGAUUUCUUCAAGCCAAAGCUUGUGGGUGAACUAAGAAAGUAUGUGAAUAUUCCCCUCUCAGAUUUCAAAAUCAAACACGAUACCUGA